UAAAUGAUUACGGAGGGUAGUCUGGGCCAAGCUCAGUUAGUGGUUGGAUGUUUAGUUGUUUGUGACUGAUGUGACAGUAAAACGAAGGGUUAAAAAGUACAUUAUUCAUUUGAAUAAUGUAACGCGUGUCACUUUGAUAUAAAGUUGACAUAAAGGGUUAGUGAUAAUGAUAUUAUAAAGAAAUAAUAAUAGUAGAUACAGUUGAUAUACGACUAUUCGUCAAAGAUUUGAUCAAAGUAAAACGUCACCAAUUAAAUCCACUUUCGCGGUACGAGAACGAGGUGGUUGUUUUCUGGGGAAGCAGACAAGUACUUACUCACGUUUUUCUUUCACAAUUAACAGAAUAGAGGACAGUCGUUUGAAGAAGAAUAAGAGUAGAGAAAAAGAAGACCUAGAUACUUGUUCGCGUACAGCACGUGCUUCCCUUCGACACUUAAAAACUCGAUCGUAUAAUUCGCGCUUCUAUCUCCAUAUCCCCGUUCUCCCACCUUUCUCACUUUUCACGGGCUACGAUUGUCGCGUUCAACUCGUCCAAUAUCGUAAUCCGUAGCACAGCAGCAGUAAUAGUAGGUAGUAGCAUCCGUAACAGCAACAGUAAAGUGCGAGUAAGAACGUUCGUUGAGCCCGUUCAAAAGGAAAUCAAGAAAGAACGGUGCUGUUGCUCAAGAGUUAAGGCUAAUAAUCUCGGCCUAUAUGUGUAUAAGGUAAAAGGCAAGAAACAUAAAAAAGGAAGAGGAAGAAGAAGGAGAAUAUAGCAUGACGCUUAUGAGUAUCUCAAGAAGAAUUUUGUUUUCUUGAUCGAUUCGUAGGAAGUAAAUCAUUGCGAAAGGAGAAUAACAUGUGUGACGUAUAUCCCGUCAGUUAUCCUUCAAAGUCGUUGAUGAAAUAGAAAGAAAAAAAGAUAAAAGAAAAUCUUAUCCCAGUAGUUUAUAUACACAUACAUAAAAAUACUUAUAACACAUAUGUUUUACUCUCGAGAUGGAUGAAGAUAGUCAGGUAACGUCGAGCGCUGUUCUCGAGGAGACCUUCUAUGUGACAUCGAAGAAAAAUACUUAUUACAAAGUGAAGCUUACGGAAAAAGGGUUGAGCUUGCAAAAGGAUAGUAAUGGCUCGACGAAGAUCGAAACAAUUCCGUUAAAUGAUAUCAUUGGGUGCAGGUGUAUGAGAUCGAAACGAAGAAGUGCAGCUGGAAGUUGCGCCUGUCGUCCAGGUGCAUCGAGAAUGCAGCUUAAACUGGUCGAAUCUAUGGAUGCUUAUCAGGCAUCCUACGACGAGUAUGACACCUCUGCUUAUCUUUACAUAUACGCAUAUACACUCAAAAAGGUACGAAUGAAGGGAAUCCGUAGACGCGAGAGGACAACUAUUACUCUCAGAUUUCGUAGUUUUGACAAGUAUGAAGAUAAUCUAAGGGAAGCAAGUAGAUGGCGAUUGGCAAUUAAGUGUCUAGUCACUAAACUACCGGUUCCGAAAAAUCUCAUGAGCCCGAGUCAUGGAAAUCUCGAAGCUUUGCUUGGUGCAUGCCCAGAUGAAAAUCGAAAACUUUUAGUCCUAUUAAAUCCAAAAUCUGGACCCGGAAGAGGCAGGGAAAUUUUUCAAAAAAGGAUUCAUCCUGUAUUAUCCGAAGCUGAAAGACCGUACGACAUUCACAUCACUAGAUAUUCUAAUUAUGCUCGUGAAUUCAUUCGUACCAAGGAUAUUUAUCAAUGGAGCGGUUUGCUAACAGUUGGCGGCGACGGGAUCGUCUUUGAAGUCGUCAACGGCCUUUUUCAAAGACCCGAUUGGGAGAAGGCACUUAAUGAACUACCCCUUGGUGUUAUACCCUGUGGUUCCGGUAACGGUCUGGCGAAAUCUAUUGCAUACUCUAAACAAGAACCAUAUGAUUACAAUCCUUUACUAAUUAGCGCCUUAUCUGUAGUAAAAUGUAAGAAAGCUCCUAUGGAUAUAGUACGCAUUGAAACUCGAAACAAAAUAUUGUUUUCAUUCUUAUCAGUCGGAUGGGGCUUACUUUCUGACAUUGAUAUUGAAAGUGAGCGACUUCGUGCCAUAGGUGGACAAAGAUUCACUAUUUGGAGUGUAGCACGUUUAAUAGGAUUGAGAACAUAUAAAGGGAAAAUAUCAUAUUUGCCUUGUGAUAAAGUACUGCCAAUAGAAGUUGUUGGCAAUGGUAAAGUUUGUCAUACAGAUUGUACAAGUGAUGGAAAAAUAACACAUUCUAGAAGUUAUGGAGAUGAAUUAGAUCGAUAUGGAAAUAUAGUUGAAUCAAAAAGUUUCCAUGAUGCCUGUGACGAUAGUACUAAUGAAUUAGAUUUGCCUCUUAAUGGUUAUAGAGAUGAUGAAGUUAUAACUGAAAAUAUAACUCUUGAAACUGAAAUUGAGGGACGACAAAGGCUAGACAGUUUCUAUUCUGCGACUUCAGCAAAAUCUACAUACUUUAGUACUGGUUCUGUAUCAAGUUAUCAUAGCAUAGAUGAUAGCGAUAUAAGGGGACCUGACGUUGAAAAUAUAACGACAAGUCAAGUUAUGUAUGGUCCGUCGUCAACGCUUCCAGCUCUGACUGCACAACUACCUGAUUCUUGGGUUCAAGAUCAAGGAGAAUUUGUAAUGGUACAUGCGGCGUAUCAAUCUCAUUUAGGUCAAGAUUAUUUUUUUGCACCACGUGCAAAACUAGCUGAUGGUAUUAUAUGGCUUUUAAUAGUUAAAGCUGGUAUUACUAGAGCAAACUUGUUACAGUUCUUAUUGGGUUUAAGUACUGGGACUCAUGUAAAUUGCUCUGGUGUUAACAUGAUACCUGUCAAGGCUUUUAGAAUAGAACCAGCAGAUGGAACAAAUGGUCACUUAACGGUAGAUGGCGAAGAAGUUGAUUAUGGUCCAUUACAAGCUGAAAUAUUUCCUUCUUUAGCAACAGUAAUGACACCUUGACAAGGGUGAUUAUAUCGGCAGAAUCAAUCAAAUAGUACAAUCCUUAAAUUAUAGACUCAAAGUUAUAGUGAAUAAAUUUGUUAUAAAUCACA